CAGGGCCCAACGACUAUUCGUUGGGCCCUGUUUACGGGUCUACAGCCUGCAUGGCCAGGCAUGCCAGGGGCCGGGCAGGGCGCAAGGCACCGUGACCACAGAGAGGCUAAUAAAUUUUUGAAUUAUUUUUAUGUGUUUUAUUUUUGAUGUUAUCUUGAAGAGGAUGCGGUCUGAAUUUGCAGUGGUCUUCCACUAAACAGCUCACAAGAUCCUGUGUGCGCAGUCCAUAGCAAGUACUUGGCGUAUCACUAAGGGUUGCUAGAACGCAUGUUGUGACUACCGUCUGGACGGCUGUGGCGACCAACCCUCCUGAUUAAAAGUGAGGCAGUGGAAGUGACCUUGUCUUAAGAUGGACGAGAAGACACCGAUUUUUGGUGAGCCCCGGGGACAGGAGACUGCCACGUCGUCUUUAGGAGCCCCGUCUCCUGGAGCCGUGUACCAUGAUUCUACACAGACUCCUCGCUCCAGGUAUCUCAUGAUUAGUACAGUUGGAGUCAUCACUGUCAUGGUUCUUAUUGCUCUGAUUCUGUGCAUAUAUCGCGGUGCCUCGACAGGCAAGCAGGGCUUCCUCUACUUCCUGGUUGGUGCCAGUCUUCUCGGCUUCAUUGCGGUAGAGGCAUUCAUUUUCCGGUUCUUGCAGUCUGGCGACCUUGCCAAGGAGAAAUCGUGGUUCCUGUACUUCAUGGGAUUUUGCACACUAUUGGAGGCUGUCCUUGUUGCCAUAAUUGUCAUGAAUUGAUCACUGGACUAGAACAACUCCUUCCAGAGUAAUUUGGAAGAGCGUUCAGAUCCACCUCGUCAUCUUGUCCAUGAUGUGACUACGAUCAUACAGCAGAGUGCUAUUAAUGAGACGUGCAGCACUGUUGUGACUCCCUUCAGAAUUCAGUCAUUACUUACGAUAGCUCUUUUCCUGACCAGCUUGCAAAACAAAUUUAGUUAAUAUUAUCUGAGGCUUGUCUUAAUGCAAGACAAGAUUUGGAUGAAAUUUCCGAAACACCUGUACAGAUAUCCAUUAUGUAUGUUAACUUAACCUUAUCUUGAAUAGAGGUCACUAUAAAGGAGCUGAGCCAAUCGGAGGCCAGCAUUUAAUGUCAAGUUUAAUGUUAAGUUAAUAAUAUCUGAUCUUGUCUUAAUGCAAGACAAGAUUUGGAUUAACUUCCUGGAAGUUUUGUGAAUAUUUCCCUGAAAAUAUGUCAUGUUCUUGAUCAGUACGUAAUGUCAGAUUCAGAAGAAUGUAUGUUGAAUGACAGGAGGAGUUGGAGGGGCCAUUUGUCAAUUUCCAGUGAAUUUUAAUCCUGUCGGUCUUCAGCAACCUACAUGUAUGUCUCUCUUGUUACAAAGGCCGUGGUGGUUGGUGUGGUAACUGGUAACAAUGAACUGUAGUUGCAUGUAACAGUUUUUAUGUGUUCUGGGUAAAAGGGAAUUUCUACUUAAAUCCGUGCUCUUCUUGGGCUUCUUGAUUUUCUCGAUGGUUAUAGCUUCACAAAAGAUUCUGGAACAGCUGGGUCACCCACUCACCCAUUUCAGUCACUGCUGCCAUGCCAGAUAUGCAAGUGUGCAAAAGUGCUGUAAACAGCCUGUCUCUUCACAGACAUGAAGUGACCCCUUUUAAUUGUACAGGUAACAGGUUUGUCUAGCUGUACUCAAGUGAACAUGGUAAUCAAUGCAGUGAGGAGAAGGUCAUGCUUUGUGAUCCUUCGGUACAGCUCCUUGUGCGACGUAACCCAUUGGCAGCGUGCAGUCUUGGUGGCAUUUUUAUGCAGUCAGCUGUGCUUUUGCAGCAAAGCCGUUUUUGAAUGAAAGACAUUUAUUGAUAAAAGAUGCCCUUUUUUUCAGUACUUCUCCUCCAACACAUGCCUUCAUUGACAGUCUGACUUUCCUCUGUACAUUGUAUAUAUGCUCGUGUUUAACAGUUACUUUUGGGUUUAAUCCCAAAAUUGGUAACGAUAUACAGAAGCAGAAGCAUGCACCUUUAUAUACUUGCCAAAUGGCAGUUUAUUGAUUUCAUGACUGUUUAAUUUCUACUAAAAAGAAGCCACAUUUUGAUGUUUUUUUGAUGGCUUAUUUUUGACGAUCUGACAGCCGGGCAGGGGUGGAUUCCACUCCCUGCCUCCCAAAACUGUACCGUGCCUGAUCUUCUUUAAACUUAGCACGCAUGUGAAGACACUCAUAAUAAGUGCCCAUGUGAAGUUUCAAUUUCAUCUAAUGUACAGUUUUGGAAUGCACGGCCUCAGUGUGUCGGCCUGCGUGAAUUGAGUAUGCCAAUAAGAGUUACGGGCCAAUUUGCCUCAGAGAGUGGGCAUUUUGCGAGAACGAUACAAUCUGAUAUUCACAAAAAUGGUGUCAGAAUGACUGCAUGAUGUCACUGGAAAAACUGCCGUAGGCUUGGCACCGGAAAAAAAAACAAGCACCAUGACAAUAUUGCAGAAAAUGUCGGGGACGGUCUCCGACUCGAGUUCUUUUAUAGAGUGAAUUUUGAAUACAUUGAGAUUCUAUAAUAAUGAUAAUACUGAUCUCAAAAUAUGGAGGGCCUGACAUUUCGAUCCCGGCAGAAUCUUUCUCAAAGGCAAA